AACAGCCGGACCAAUCAGUCUCACAGAAGAAGGCUCACGCUCAGGAUCACAGAAAUAGCCAUGAGGUUCUUUGUGGUGCUUGCUCUUGUGGCUUUUACUGGCUGCCAAGCUAGUGUUCUGAGGUCAGACGAACCCCAGAAACAACUGGAACAGGUGACAGAUGCAUUCUGGGACUAUGUUGCCCAGGCAAAACAAACUGCCGAAGAUAAUUUCAAAACCAUCAGAGAGUCUGAGUUUGGUCAGCAAGUGGACGCCAAGAUCACAGACGGUGUCAAAGUAGCCCGCCAAUACGCGGCCAUACUGCACGAUCAGGCAUCUGUUAUUGGUCAGGAGGCGUACGUCAAGGUCUCCGAGCAGGCGGACUGGCUCUCAGAGCGCCUGCAGAAGGAUUUUCAAGAAGUGAAGGCCCAGCUGGAGCCCUACACAGAAGACCUGAGGGUCAAGUUUGAGCAGCAGGUGGAGACGCUGAGGGAGGAGGUGGCCCCCUACACUGAGUCCCUGGAGAAGAGAGUGAAGGAGCUGCGGGAGCAGCUGGGCCCCUACGCCGAGGAGCUGAAGGAGACAGCAGAGCAGUACCUGGAGGAGCUCCGGCAGAAUGCGGCUCCCCUGGCCGAGAGCCUGCGGAAAGAGAUAGUCAGCAAGGCCAGGGUGCUUCAGGACAAACUGGAACCCUACGUAGAACACCUGAAGGAGAACCUGUCCCUGUAUGUUCAGAACAUCAGAGCCCAAGUCACCGCUAUCCAGGAGUCCUUCAACGAUAGUGCUUAGAGUUGAAGGAAUGAGCUUCGUCCCACAACCCUCUGUCUAAUAUCUAAGUUGAUCCAAGCCAACAAAAUAUGCUACAUGAUUAUUUAUACACCUACAAGUACACUUAAAAAGAUUUGUGAGAAAGAUCUCAUUGUCAUGUAAAACAACUGCAACAACUUUCCAACCAAACGAAAUGUGUUUCUUGUAAGUUGAAACCUUGGAAUAUGAAAUAAUGCACAAGAGCCAUUAUUGAUGUCAUGAAUAAAAAAAUUACAGAAA